UUCGCCUGUGAGAUUUUGUCCGGCUCUGUCAAUUUCCCUAACUUUUUCUAUUCGGAUACCUACUGAAUUGGUUUUCAAUGUUAUUAAAAGUUAUGUUGAGAGCCAAGAACCAAGGACGGAAGAAGAACUGAGAGAAGCCACAGAUGAUAAAGUAAGAUCGCUACAAGAAGAAGAUUUAACCAAAUAUUUUAGAGAGUGCUUAGAUUUUGGUUUUGUUCUCAAAAUCGGACAUUAA